AUGGGAUGGGGCCUCUACAACUUUGCCGCGACGGUGCGCCUGCCCAAUGCCCCUCCAACGGGACGGACCGAGCAGAGUCCUGCCGCUGACAUGGCCAAAAGCGCUGUUAUUGCCGGUGGCGGUUCGGCUGCCCUCCUGCUCCUCCUUUCCUUUGCCACGGCCAAUAAGAGCUCCUUUGCCGUGAGUGUAGCGGCUGUUUUGACGGCUGUGUAUACGGGUGUGUUCACCUGGCGAGCCUACCUGGCCCUGCAAAAGUCCAACGCUCAGACCAUCGCCAUCGUUAUUGGUCUCAUGGCCCUAGCCUCCUUCAUCACCUGCGUUUCCCUGCUUCCUCAAGCCCUGGGCUCAUCCACCCCAAGCAAAGUGAAGCCCCACUAA